UUGUAUGGGGUCUUCCUCAGAAAACUCCAAAAUGGCAACUUUCUAAACUAGGAAUCAGAGGCUCGACAGACGAUUAAGCUUAACUAACAAGCAGCAUUGGUAUACCUUAUAGUUUUUGAAUUCAAAAUGCCGAGAGUUCAAAGUGGUCGCUCAGACAUGAGUGAGGUGGAACCAGAUGGCCUAGCUGAACAGGAGCUUACAAAGCUUCAACAGCAGUACAGGAUAAUGGAAGGGGAUAGAAAGUCAUACAGUGAGGAGUCUCAAAACCAAAUAAGGAAGCAGAGGGCUGCAAUUGAAGCAUUACAGUUAGAGAAUGAGGAAUUGAUGAAGGAGAAUAGGCUGGCUGGAAGUCAGCAAAACAGAACCAAGGAUUACAGCAAUGUUGAAGUAUUGAAUGCACUGAUGUCAGAUGAAGAAAAAUACAAAGAGAGGAUGCAAUCAGAGAAAGAGAUGAUCACACAACUUGAUUCAGAGAUUUAUGCAAUAGAAAGAAAGAUAAGCAAACAGAGGAAGAAUAUGGGAGGUGUUCACAUGAGUCAAGCAAAACAAAUCAUGAUUCAGAAGCAGUCAAGAGUUUUGGAGAACAGGCUAGACCAGGCAAGUACGAAGUUCAAUGAUUCUUUGGCUAAAAACAGAAAACUGAGAGAGCACAUUGAUCAUGUAAGGACGGAAAGAGAAAUCUUUGAAGGCCUUUACAAAAGGCUAGAGAAGCAAAUGAAUGAGAACAAGCAAGAAAUUGCAGAAAUGAUUGAAGCAUCGACUACAGCUUAUGACGCCAGAGAUGAUGCGAAAACAAAGAUGCUGGCUCUAACUGAAAAAUCCGACAAAGAUCUUGCGCAGCACAACAUGGAAUUGAAGGAGUUAAUGCGAAUCAUAGAUCAUGACAGGAAAUUGAAAGAGUUUAUGGGCAUUAAGAGCGAAGACCGGUCAGAUGCCCACGAAGGAGCACAUACAUCUGGAAAGGCUAGUGAAGCAAAGGAGACUGAUGACACAAUAGAAUCUUAUGAAGCUGCUUUUGACAAGAUAAAGAAGACAACAAAAAUCGACGAUAUUGAUCUACUGGUUGAAAUAUUCAUUGAAGUCGAGGACAAGAACUUUGCCUUGUUUAAUUAUGUGAAUGAAUUGAACAAUGAGAUUGAGAUGCUCCAAGAAGGUAUUGCUGGAAUAGAGAAUGAUGUUGAGCAAUUCAAGAGGGAAAGUGUUGAGUUAGAGCAGCAGAGAAAGGAUAUCCUUUGGCAACUUGAAGAAAGGCAUGCAAGUGAGGCAGAGAAGGCUAGAGGAUUUGAUGAUACAUACAAAGCGGCCAACAAAAUCCUAGAGCAGCUGAAGGCUGGAAUUGAUUCUCUAUUCAAGAAGAUAAAUUGUGAUCAAACGUCUAUUGUUGACAUGCUUGGGGGACAUGCUGGUGUCACUGACUCCAAUAUGAUGCAGUACCUUGGCAUAAUUGAACAGAGAACAAAUGAGCUGCUGCAGGUCCAAGCUUUUGCUGCAACAAAGGAUGAGGACAAGGCCCAUGCGCUGGAGGCCAUCGGCUUGCUUGGAAAAGGGCCUCAUAAAGCUCAGGCCACAAUGGCCGUGCCAUUACCUUCAACAGGAGAGGACUACGAAUCUGAUAUAUCAAUAGGCAGCGAUGACGAGUCGAGGCCGCUUACCCAAUCUGAGCUGAUAUCAAGGAUAAUGAAAGGGAUUUCAAAGCGUGAGAAUGCACCAAAGAAGAUCCAUGCUACUCUUCACCAAAGCCUUGAAAAUAUCAACGAAGAAAAAAGCUCAAGUAAAAAGAAGAAAGGUGCAAAAUAAACAUUUUUGUAAAUUGUAAAUAGGACAGCUCUCAUCUGUGUCCGCAUCAUCCUUCACCCAGCUGUUGCUACUGAAAAUGAUCGAAUAUUUAUGCCAGUUGUAAAAUAUCUGGGUAGGAUUUUUGCCCCUACGUAUAGGACAUAUCAGCGAAAACAGCUGGAUGACCCCCACUCAUAAAAAGAGUCUCGGUGCUUUAGAGAGCUUUUUCCUUUAAUGCUGUUUUGAUGUACCUUUUUACUUGUGCUUGAUGUAUCAGGUCGUUAUACUUAUGCUUGUACGGGCUCAUGAAUCAUAAAAGGUUCAAUCGCAGCUUUUAAGGAUUUUUAAAGUUCUCAUUAGUUUUUAAAGUUAGUGUGAAAUAAGAAGCAUCCCUUUUCGUUUUAGCUUGAAUUUUGCUUAAUAGCAUCUCUAUGUCAUGAGUUAUCAACCUCAAAGCCGGGUUGAGUCCAAACCGGGACAGGCUGGCAUUGCCUCUCUGGGUGUGUUAGAUACUUCACUAAUUUUCCCUGCGCUAUUUUUUUUAAUCUCUAUCUUUUUGCUUAAAUAUUUUCUGACUUGAAAUCGCACUUUUUCCCUGAUAAAAAGUGUUAGUCGUGUCUAGGCAUUUCAAUGGGACUUUCCUAUUUAAUUUGGCAAUAUUCAGCAUUAUGUAAUGAUCUAUUGACGAGAUACUAUGAAUUGAAAGCAACAACACCCAAAAGUAGAAAGAGAUGACAAAAGAAUGAAGCAUUAACUUAAACAAACCAAGCCUUUUUAUAAUAGCUAAUGGCCACGUCUUGCCUGUAUACUUAACGUUUGGAAGGAAAUAAAAUUAUGUUUUGCUAAAAUUUCUGCAACAUACCCUUCCCCUCCCAUGGUACUACCUUGGAAGAUUGGAAGAUGCUGGAAGACCCGUAACUAGAGAAAACAUCUUGCAAGAAUAUGUUUACGUCAGGCAAAAAAUCCAGUGCCAAAAUGACGCAUUAUCUUCAAUGGAGGAAAGAUUGAACGAGAUUUACCAACAAAAAGGACUAUCACGUCCUUCUGCUAAACUCCCAUCCCUUAGUAGGUCAUCUUCCACAACAUUUUGCUGCUAGCACCACAUCUCUUUUCUCCAGCUUUAGGCCAAUCCAAAAAUCAUUUGCACGUUAACUUUUGAUAACAAUGCUACUUUUCUACGUAACAACCUAACUGCAACAGAGAUAAUGGCUCUACUAAAUGACUCUACGAAAACUUUUUACAACUUCAAAUUUUCAGGCUAUCUGGCCUCCUCUUUUAAUGAUUUUCAGGCUUUCCAGCUUCUUCUUUCAAGGACAUAUUUUCAGCUUAACUUUGUUGCCUUGUGUAUAUUAGCAGCUUAUGUGUAUGUACCAUUUAUUUUUGAACAAUAGUAUCGUUUUAAUUCAUCGUUUUCUUAUUGUGUUUUCUUUUUUCUUAAUCAAAUUGAAAUAUUUCAUUAUUCAUAGCGUGUAUCAUA